CUCUUUAGAAUCUAACACCCAUUUUUUGUGGUAAAAACCUCAGGGCUUAUCACCAGUUUGUUGUAUGAUAUACUGGUCAGUUACUGAUUCUGACAGCAACAAUUAUUCUUCUCACUGACAUUGAUACCAGAAGUUAACUCUUCUUUUUAACGAACUCCUUUUGCAAAAUUAGAGGAGAAAGCGUGUCCUGUUAUUAUUAUGUUCACACAUCUCCACAGAAGAUCCAGCAGCCGGAGACUCUUCUUCAUCACAUCUCCUUCUUCCCUGGUCUCCCUUCAGGCAACUGAAAUAUGGAAGACAUAGACUCAUUUUUAUUCAAAUUUAAAGGAUAUUAUUUUCUCCGCCCAGGACUUGAUAUAGGCUUUCUAGAAACAUUAAAUGAUUUUGAAAUCAGAGAAGAUGAUGUCUUCAUAGUCACAUACCCCAAAUCUGGAACCAUCUGGUUUCAGCAGAUAUUGAACUUGAUUUAUUUUGAUGAACAUCGAAAAAGCACUGAGGAUCUGGAGACGAUUUUGCGAGUUCCCUAUUUUGAGUACCCCAAUCAAAACACGGAUUUUGUUAAAAGACCAUCUCCUCGUCUCUUCACUACCCACCUCCCAUACUAUUUGGUUCCAAGUGGCCUGAAGAACAAAAAAGCCAAAAUUAUUUAUGUAUACAGAAACCCUAAGGACGUUAUGUGCUCAUAUUUUCACUUUUCAAAGAAGAUGCCAUUACCUGCUGCAACUACCAUUGAGGAAUUCGUGAAACUAUUUCUAGAAGGAAAAGUGCUGGGAAGCCUUUGGUUUGACCACAUCAAAGGUUGGUAUGAGCACAAAAGCCUCUUCAACAUCGAGUUUAUGAUGUAUGAGGAGUUGAAAAAGGAUCUCAGAGGUUCUAUAUUAAAAAUCUGCAAAUUUCUGGGGAAGGAAUUAAGUGAUGAGGACAUGGAUACUGUGGUGAGCCAGGCCAUGUUUGAGAACAUGAAGUUAGACCCACGGGCAAAUUAUGACAAUAUACUAAAGGACCAAUUUGGGAUACAAGAAAAAGGUCAUUUCCUUCGCAAAGGUACCAUUGGAGACUGGAAAAAUUACAUGACUGUUGAGCAGAAUGAAAGGUUUGACAAGAUUUUCCAAAAGAAUAUGAAAGAUUUUCCCUUGAAGUUCAUCUGGGAUAUGAAUGAGGAAUAGAAUUCUAGGUGAUGCACAACUAUUUUCAGAAAUCACCUUCAGAAGGAAACAUAUUGAAUUUUACAUUUUCAUCUUUGACUGUCAUGGGCUUAUUACUGAAAACUCUCAAUGAUUAAUAAAUAUUAAUAUGUUGUCUUUACAUCAUUUGCCAUCUGUGGCCUGUUUUCCAUUUGCUGAAUUCCUCAGUUUGUGAUCAGGAGAGGAUUCCUCUCUUUGUUUUGGUGUAUAAUUAUGGAGUUGAUUUUAUUCUACAUUCAGCAAUUCCAAAGCUCUUGAGCAACAAAGGAGGUCUUAAUGUAUGAUUGAUUUGAAAUCAUAAAAUAGAAGCCUUGUCACUUAUAAAAAAACUGUUUAUGGUUUUUCUUCAUAUUUUAGAAUUUAAUUUUUAGGUGAUCAGAUGAGUCAACAUUUCAUUUUAUGGUUUCUAUGUUUUGUUUCUAACAGAGUGUUCCUGUCACAAGUAUUUUCAUGUAUUCAUAAAUCCUAUUUUUAUUUAAUCUGAACAUUUAUCUUGUGUUGUAAGACACAAAUCAUUUAAUGAAUAGCCAUCAUUUUCCUACUGAUUAAAAUAGACAUUAUCUUGUUCUAAAGAAUUUUCUGCCCAUGAGUUGAUUUACAUAAAAUGAGGUAUUUUCUGUUGAUAUACUUUUCUUUUUCAUAACCAUGCCAUAAUUUCUAACAUAAACUGUCAUGAUGAGUUUUGUUAGAAUUUUGUUAAGU